GACCUUACUGGAAUAGAACAGAUAGAAAGAUGCCGGGAGAUUCUUCAAGCACACGACUGGAAUAUCGAGGCUGCCGUCCAGGACACGUUCAACGAGCAGGAAGGCGCUCCCCCGGUGUUCUCGCGGCCGCCGCGACAGGAGGAGAGGCCGCCCCAGGUCAACCUGCAGCCCACCAAUCAGAGAGUGAUCCUGUACCCGGGCCAUCGACCACAAGGCAUCUUCCAGUGGACCUACUACCUGCUCACCAUGCCCAUCCGAUUUGUCUGGGGCACGUUCUUCGACAUCAUCAAAGCAUUCAUCAGUUUCAUUCGCCCAGACCCUAGGAGAAGCAUUAAACGACGCGAAGCGAGAGCUCAAGUUCCUGCUGGUCUAUCUACACAGUGAGGACCAUCAGAAUACGGAGACGUUUUGUCGGGGCGUUCUGUGCAGUGAGGAGUUUGUCAACUUUGUCAACUCACAGAUGUUGUUCUGGGCCUGCAACACCAGUAGUCCGGAGGGGUAUCGCGUGUCCCCCCCCCUGCGUGAGCACGCCUACCCAUUCCUUGCUGUGAUUGUGCUGAGGGAGAACAGGAUGAGUGUGGUGGCCCGCAUAGAGGGACACAUUACAGGUUCCCGGGAACUGAUUCAGAGACUGGAGCAGGUCAUCUCGGAGAACGAGUCGUCGCUGAUCGCCGCCCGGGCAGAGAGAGAAGAGCGUAGCUUCAACCAGUCGCUGAGACAACAGCAGGACGAGGCUUAUCUGGAGUCUUUGAAGGCGGACCAGGAGAAAGAGAAGAAAAAGCGGGAGGCGCGGGAGAAACAAGAGGAAGAGGAGAAGAAGAAAAGGCAGGAGGAGGAGGAGAAACAGCAACAGUUCUUGUACCUAUACCUGUACGUGUUCUGCCACAAGGACUGCCCCGAUGACUUUCAGAUUGUGACAAACUUCCCGCGGAAGACGCUGCCCUGUGAGCCCGUGGACGGUCAGCCUGACCCCCCGACCUUUGAGGAGGUCGGCCUGGGAAAGUCCGAGAUGUUGUUUGUGCACGACAACGAGGCGUGAGGGGUGGGGGGAUGUAUGUGUGUGUGAGGGGUGUGGGGGGAUGUGUGUGUGUGUGUUUGUGCGUGUGAGGGGA